AUGAGAUUGGCGCAACAGUCGUGCGGUACUGAACCGAUUAGUGAUAAUGAUAAAUGUCAUCAUGUUAUCACUGCCAAUGAAAUGGUGCAAAGUUUUGCUAAUCGAUCAAUGCCACCAAGCAAAAUAACACCAUUAUCAUCCAAUAAUUGUGGCACAAAAGCUGACGAUUUUUUGCGCAAAUUCAGUAAUGCAUCUGUAAACAGUUCUCAAAAUUCAAAUAUCACUCGAAAAUGGGAAUUACGAAGCCUUAGAAGAGGUGAAACUGCGCGUGGCGCUAUCGGCCUGUUUAAUAGUAAACAUAACAGUAAUGCCUCUUCAGCUACAGAUAAUUCGAAUAAAUUGAAAAUAAAUCUGCGCAAUAAAUCUGCUUCGUUGGAAGAAACUAAUAUUGUCGCUAACGGUAUGCAAAAAAUUUGUAGAAACAGGAAAGACUCUAAUAUUUCUGAUAGGUAA